AGCCCUUCUGGACAGCUCCCGCUCACCCAAACAGAAGACGUCGGCGCCGGAGCGGGCUGGGACAUGGCUAGGCAGCGCGCCGGCCCGAGCGGUGGGGCUCGGUGAUCCCUCCCUCCCUCCCCGCCCCCUCUCCUCUCCCGCACUCUCGCCCUGUUCGCCCCCACCCCCGCCCCCACCCCGGGCGCGCCCGCCCGCAGCCCGGGGCGCACACCGCACGCACGCUCCCCCUCCACACACUCACGCACUCCGGCACCCUCCCCAGCUCCCGUGGCCGAGCUCCGCCACGCGCGCCUUGCUAGCCCGCCGGCCGCCCCCGCCGCCCCCGUGCCCCGAUGGACUGAAUGAAGGCUGCCUACACCGCCUAUCGAUGCCUCACCAAAGAACUAGAAGGCUGCGCCAUGAACCCGGAGCUGACAAUGGAAAGUCUGGGCACUUUACACGGGCCGGCCGGCGGCGGCAGCGGCGGGGGCGGCGGCGGGGGCGGCGGCGGGAGCGGUGGGGGCCCAGGCCAUGAGCAGGAGCUUCUGGCCAGCCCCAGCCCCCACCACGCGGGCCGCGGCGCUGCCGGCUCACUGCGGGGCCCGCCACCGCCGCCAGCGGCUCACCAGGAGCUGGGCACGGCGGCGGCAGCAGCGGCGGCGGCGUCGCGUUCAGCCAUGGUCACUAGCAUGGCUUCAAUCCUGGACGGCGGCGACUACCGGCCCGAGCUUUCCAUCCCGCUCCAUCAUGCCAUGAGCAUGUCCUGCGACUCGUCCCCGCCGGGCAUGGGCAUGAGCAACACCUACACCACGUUGACGCCGCUCCAGCCUCUGCCACCCAUUUCCACCGUGUCGGACAAGUUCCACCACCCACAUCCUCACCACCACCCACACCACCAUCACCACCACCACCACCAGCGCCUGUCGGGCAACGUCAGCGGCAGCUUCACCCUCAUGCGCGACGAGCGCGGGCUCCCGGCCAUGAACAACCUCUACAGUCCCUACAAGGAGAUGCCCGGCAUGAGCCAGAGCCUGUCCCCUCUUGCCGCCACGCCGCUGGGCAACGGGCUGGGUGGCCUCCACAACGCGCAGCAGAGCCUGCCCAACUACGGGCCGCCGGGCCACGACAAAAUGCUCAGCCCCAACUUCGACGCGCACCACACUGCCAUGCUGACCCGCGGUGAGCAGCACCUGUCCCGGGGCUUGGGCACCCCGCCCGCGGCCAUGAUGUCGCACCUCAAUGGCCUGCACCACCCAGGUCACGCUCAGUCCCACGGGCCGGUGCUGGCACCCAGCCGCGAGCGUCCACCCUCAUCCUCGUCGGGCUCCCAAGUGGCCACAUCCGGCCAGCUGGAGGAGAUCAACACCAAAGAGGUGGCCCAGCGCAUCACCGCCGAGCUGAAGCGCUACAGCAUUCCGCAGGCGAUCUUCGCGCAGAGGGUGCUGUGCCGGUCUCAGGGGACUCUCUCCGACCUGCUCCGGAACCCCAAACCGUGGAGUAAACUCAAAUCUGGCAGGGAGACCUUCCGCAGGAUGUGGAAGUGGCUGCAGGAGCCGGAGUUCCAGCGCAUGUCCGCCUUACGCCUGGCAGCAUGCAAGCGCAAAGAGCAAGAACCAAACAAAGACAGGAACAACUCCCAGAAGAAAUCCCGCCUGGUGUUCACGGACCUCCAACGCCGAACACUCUUUGCCAUCUUCAAGGAGAACAAGCGCCCAUCCAAAGAGAUGCAGAUCACCAUUUCCCAGCAGCUGGGCCUGGAGCUCACGACCGUCAGCAACUUCUUCAUGAACGCCCGGCGCCGCAGCCUAGAGAAGUGGCAGGACGACCUGAGCACAGGGGGCUCCUCGUCGGCCGCCAACACCUGUACCAAAGCAUGACGGAAGGACUCUCAGCUGGGCACAAGUCCCCUCCAAACGAGGACAACAGAUUCCAACAGCAAAUACAAAGGAAAAAGACACCGGAUUCUUAGCUGGGGCCCUUCACUGGUGAUUUGAAAGCACAAUUCUCUUGAAAAGAAACUUCUAGCGGUAAUCAUAGGCCAGGUGUUCUUUUUUAUUUUGUUUUUAAUGGCUAUGGAGUCCACACGCAAGCCGAAAAUGAAUCUCGUCGAACCGGACAUUGUCCUCUGAGCAUGCUGAGCGUCUCAGAAGCCCAAAUGGGGCCUUCCUGGAGCAAGUUCGUGUCGGUGUGGUGUCAGCCAAGCUCAGGACUGCUUAAAAUGCCAACAGUCCUCCUUCCUUCCGUCCUGUCAACCUCUUGCAGACCUUGUUCCCAGAUGGAAAGGUGGGAGUUUGGCCUGAGUUUGGGCUCCCAAGAUGCUACAUUAAGAGAAGAAUCUAGCAACCAGAAUGACCUCAUUUGCUUUCUAAGUGCUUAGCCUCAUUUCCACCACCGUACACCAAAGUUCACAGCCAUAACGUAAAGAACAUCAGAGUGGUAAUUACUGAGCACAAGUUUUAAAUAUGGAAGUCAAAAAAAAAUCCAAGGACCUGUUUUUCCAACUCAGGCAUCUUUUCACUGAAUGGUUUUGAAAGCUUUAAGUUGAUCCAGUUUACAGUUUUCUUUAUCUCCUGGAAAUCUCAUGUGGUCUUGGGUCCAUCAAAACAACAAAUCAGUUCACUUGAGCUCAAAGUAUCAAGCACAACGAAGAUAAACAGAGUAGUAAGGAAGGUUUUGGAUUCGCCAUAUCUGGAUUUUCAAGACGCCGAUAGUGAAGUCAUUAGGGAAUCAUUGGGAAUACGACUUCAAGCACAUUUUGCAGUUUGCUACAAAUUCUGUUUGUACAUAAUGCAGACGCACACUCAGGAGGCCAAUUUAACUGUUACGGUACAUGGAGCAAAUGCAGCAUUUAAAAAAGAUCUAGAUUUUUUUAGAUCAUUAACGUAUCCUUCUUGGUUGUUAGUCACCUGGUUCCUCCUAUUGUGCAUUCUGACCGCCUCGUAACUCAUUCUCACUCUUUCAAGAUUUGGGUUUUUCUUUCAUCCAUCCCAUCGGUAGGGAUAUCUUCAGUGUUUUCUAGCAAGAAAAAAAAAUUAAGAAUUCAAGCCACCAUCUAUGUUACCCAUCUAGUCCUAAGUCUCUUCCAUUGUUGAGUCAUCCUAGCAAAACAGCUGAAAUAAACUGGAGAAAACACAGCACACCAAAGAAGCAGAAUACUGCAAACCAAAGACAUUUAUUACUUGCCAUUUUCUAGCCUAAAAAUACUGUGAUUACUUUUAGAAAUCAGAAAACCUCUGCAACUCCGAAUGGCAUUUGGCUCUUGCGUUUGGCUCACCGUCAGGCUGAGCGGACAGGUUAUGCCAAGGACAUUCAGCCAAGCCACCAGGGAGUGGCUCUGCCACACUACUGUGGCUUCUGGCUGUCACCUUCCAACAGCAAGCAGGAGAGCGCCUACAGAACUCUGGGAGGUUGCGAAGGUCACAAUGUGCAUAUUUACCAGUGAAUGGCCCCAAGUGGGCACCGUGGGGGUGUUCAAAGCAAGCCAAACGCUGCAAUGAUUCUUUACAGACACUUGAGACUGACUUUUUUAUGAAUUACUUAAUCGAAACCAAAGAAACUUUUUCUGCACCUACUUCUGCAACAAACAGAACUGUCCCGUGAAGCUGAAUAAAUGAAUACGUAAAUCAGUGAAAAUCACCACCAACAAGAAGGAAGCACGCCAAAAAAACCAACCAUCAAAAAAACAGCGAGACACACUGUGUUCAAACAGACCUCUUGGGACAUUUUUUGGAAGCAGAUUUUAAAGAAAGGGUUGAGACAAGAA